AAAAAAUCUAUUGAGUGAACCUGAAAAAGUAGAGCGAAAAUCAUGACAGCGAUACUGACCAAUAGCUAUCCCUUUGCUCGAGCUUGACAGUUAGUUCCACCGCCAGCCACAACCGGUCACCGUCGUAUUUAGAGACUCCUCCCGCGACAUUCCUUUCCGCUUCAUGUUCUCGACCAACUAUCCUUCUCGAAAUCUAAGUGCUCUAAACAUGGAAAAACAAGAUUCUUCACAAAAAGAAAAGACAGCAGAUGACCUUCCAAAUGUCUUGGUUCUUGGGCCACCUUCUGUUUUCAAAGCUUAUGAGAGACGAUUCUCAGAUAAAUUCCAUUGUCUAAAACCAUGGGAAUCCCCUAUUCCACUCCACCAAUUCCUUUCUACCCAUGCAGAGGAUGUUGCUGAUAUGGCUGUUGGUUUGUUGAUUGAUGUGUUAAGAAGAGUAAGUGCUGCUAAUAGCUUUGUUAAGGCUGGAUUAUGGCACCAGAAAAAAAAUUAUCCUCUUGCUCACAAGUUGGGUGGUAAGCGAGUAGGGGUUGUAGGAAUGGGAAACAUUGGUUUGGAGGUGACAAAGAGGCUUAAAGCCUUGGGUUGCAUUAUCUCUUACACUUCUAGAACCAAAAAACCCGAUCUCACAUUCCCUUUUUUCCCCAAUGUUGUACAACUUUCAACAAACUGUGAAAUCCUCAUCAUCUGUUGUGCAUUAAACGACCAAACACACCACAUGAUUGACAAAAACAUCAUGUUGAAUUUAGGAAAACAAGGAGUUAUAGUGAACGUAGCCCGAGGGGCAAUCGUUAAUGAGAAAGAAUUGGUGGAGUGUUUAGUGAAAGGGGAAAUUGGUGGGGUCGGUUUGGAUGUUUUUGAAAACGAACCAGGUGUUCCUCAUGAGUUAUUGAAAUUGGAUAACGUUGUGAUGACACCACAUCAUGCGGUGAUGACUGAGGAAUCUUUCAUGGGUCUUUUUGAGGUUGUGGUUCGGAAUUUGGAUGCUUUUUUCGCGAAUAAACCUUUGAGGUUUCAAGUGUGUAGUGGGGAUGACUGAAUUGGAUGAGGAUUUAGAUACACUUUUUCUAUAUAAAAUAAAUUUGUGGUGUAUAUGUGAAUUAAUUCCUUCAAAAUUUAUCAUUAAUAGUGGUAUAUUUUGAUUUAAACUAUAUAUUUGAGGGUAAAAAGAACAUUGUAUUUUGGUUAUUUCAUGUCAAAGUACGAGAGCUUCAAAUAUUUUCUUAAAUACACUGUUAUGUCACAUUUCACCGUUAAUUUAUUAUAUCAU